UCCAGCGCGAAAGUGUAAAUUGUUUGUUGUGGAAAAUCGGAAGUCGUGUUAUUCAUGCCAGCCAUAGCUUUACUGUCAUUUUGUCGUGUUCAUUUAGAGCGUGGAAUCAGCUGGAAUUAUUUGAGCAUAAUUUUGUGCAGAUUAGUUAUAUAAAAAUAAGCCGACCUCGUCGAAACAGAAUUUGAUGUUGAAAAUGGCAUCUUUUUUCAGUCAGAUUGACGAACUUCAAAAUCAUUUCAAAACUCAUAAUAAGACACGUGAAUAUCAAGCUCACUCGUCGAAGGUCCAUUCAGUUGGAUGGAGCUGUGACGGUCGGAGACUGGCCUCAGGAUCUUUUGAUAAGUCCGUUACUAUCUUCACUUUGGAACGGGAUCGAUUGAACAAGGAAUUCACCUUCCGUGGACAUGGUGGCAGUGUUGACCAGCUGUGUUGGCAUGCUUCAAAUUCUGACUUGUUGAGCACAGCAAGUGGUGACAAGAGUGUUAGAAUUUGGGAUGCACGAUCACAGAAAUGUGCAGCUCAUAUUAUUACUAAAGGAGAAAAUAUUAACAUAACAUGGUCUCCUGAUGGCAACACAAUAGCAGUUGGAAAUAAAGAGGAUCUUGUCACCUUCAUUGAUACUCGGACACACAAAAUCAAGGCUGAAGAACAAUUCAACUUUGAAGUGAAUGAAAUUUCAUGGAACAAACAAAGUAACUUCUUCUUCCUCACAAACGGACAAGGUUGCAUCCAUAUUUUAAGCUACCCUGACCUGGAAUUGCAGCAUAUUCUUAAAGCACAUCCUGGAACCUGUAUAUGCAUUGAAUUUGAUCCUACUGGUCGCUACUUUGCCACAGGCUCAGCUGAUGCCCUAGUCUCCUUGUGGGAUGUUGACGAGCUGGCUUGCUUACGUACUUUCUCCAGAUUGGAUUGGCCUGUUCGCACUAUUAGCUUCAGCCAUGAUGGACGUCUAUUGGCAUCAGCGUCAGAAGAUCUAGUGAUCGAUGUUGGAGAGGUGGAAACUGGAGAAAAGGUUGUUGACAUUCCAGUAGAGGCUGCCACAUUCACAGUAGCCUGGCAUCCCAGUCAGUAUCUUCUAGCUUAUGCCUGUGAUGAUAAAGACACUUACGAUCGCAAAAGGGAUGCGGGGAGCCUCAAGGUGUAUGGCUUUCCUUCUGAGUAAAUGCACAAUUAAAGUGGAUAACCAUGAUUUUAAACGAGAGUUUUAUAUAUUUAUAUUUGAAGACAGUGCAAUGUAUUAUAUAUCAGAUUCUUACAUUAAUGAUGUCAAUGUGGCCAGUGUUGUGAGAUCAUUUUACAUCAUUCGACAAUGUCCACACGGGUUUUCCAUCCUAGUUACUGCACACAGUACAAGAUGGAAAAAGUUAUGAUUGCAUCGAUUACACUGACUCUUCAUUGUAUAACAUUCAAUUAAAUUUUAUCAUUACUGUAUUUGUAAAAUUAGUACAUCUUUCUUGGUAUGUGUAAUGAAUUACCAGCAAAACUAGACUGACCAUAUACAACAGAGCACAUGGACUGGGCCAAAACAAUGAACCCUUUAUGAGAAGUUUUUCAGUGCCAAAAUCUUUUGUUCAUUGCAAACAGAAGUGCAUAAAUGCCACUGUUGGUGUCAGUCCUCCAUAACCGACCUGUCCGUUCUUCUGUACUGCUACACAGAACUACUCUUUGGUGCUAAGAGGUGAAGAGCUAUACCAGCAGUGGUGGGAAAC